AGACAUUUAAUGUUGAGGCACCAUGCCAAACUGUGGAAGAUUUAACGAAUGGGGUUGUGAUGGCCCAGGUGCUUCAGAAAAUAGAUCCAACGUAUUUUGAUGAGAACUGGUUAAACAGAAUCAAAACUGAAGUAGGAGACAAUUGGCGGUUAAAGGUGAGCAACCUGAAGAAAAUUUUAAAAGGAAUACUGGAUUACAAUCAUGAGAUUUUAGGGCAGCAGAUUAAUGACUUCACCCUUCCUGAUGUUAACCUGAUUGGAGAGCACUCAGAUACUGCAGAGCUUGGGAGAAUGCUUCAGCUUAUUUUGGGAUGUGCUGUGAAUUGUGAACAGAAACAAGAAUACAUCCAGACCAUUAUGAUGAUGGAGGAGUCGGUUCAGCAUGUAGUUAUGACAGCUAUUCAGGAGUUGAUGAGUAAAGAAUCACCAGUCUCUGUUGGAAAUGAUGCUUACGUUGACCUUGAUCGUCAGUUGAAGAAAACAACAGAAGAAUUAAAUGAAGCCUUAGCAACAAAAGAAGAAAUUGCUCAGAGGUGCCAUGAAUUAGAUAUGCAGGUUGCAGCACUUCAAGAGGAGAAAAGCAGUUUACUAGCUGAAAACCAAAUCCUGAUGGAACGUUUGAAUCAAUCUGAUUCUAUUGAAGACCCCAACAGCCCUGCAGGACGUAGGCAUCUGCAACUGCAAACACAAUUAGAACAGCUCCAAGAGGAAACCUUCAGAUUAGAGGCAGCCAAAGAUGAUUAUCGAAUACGUUGUGAAGAGCUAGAAAAGGAAAUUGCAGAAUUGCGACAGCAGAAUGAAGAGCUAACCACUUUAGCAGAAGAGGCUCAGUCAUUGAAGGAUGAAAUGGAUGUUCUCAGGCAUUCUUCUGAUAAAGUGUCCAAGUUGGAAAGCCAGGUAGAAUCGUACAAAAAGAAGCUGGAAGACCUGGGUGAUUUGCGGCGGCAAGUGAAACUCUUAGAGGAAAAGAACACUGUAUACAUGCAAAACAAUGUAAGCUUGGAAGAAGAGCUGAGGAAAGCCAAUGCAGCACGGAGCCAGUUGGAAACAUACAAGAGACAGGUAGUUGAACUACAAAACAGAUUAUCUGAAGAAUCAAAGAAAGCAGAUAAAUUAGAGUUUGAAUACAAAUUACUGAAAGAAAAAGUAGACAGCCUGCAAAAAGAGAAAGAUAGAUUAAGAACAGAAAGAGAUUCCCUUAAAGAAACGAUUGAAGAGCUUCGGUGUGUGCAAGCACAAGAAGGGCAACUCACCACUUCAGGAUUGAUGCCCCUGGGAAGCCAGGAGUCUUCUGACAGUCUGGCAGCAGAAAUUGUUACUCCUGAAAUUAAGGAGAAACUCAUUCGUCUCCAACAUGAGAACAAAAUGCUAAAGCUUAACCAAGAAGGUUCUGACAAUGAAAAGAUUGCCUUGUUGCAGAGCCUGCUAGAUGAUGCAAAUCUGCGGAAAAAUGAACUGGAGACCGAAAACAGGCUAGUAAAUCAGAGACUUCUGGAAGUACAAUCCCAGGUUGAAGAAUUGCAGAAAUCUGUGCAGGAACAAGGCUCAAAAACUGAAGGUGCUAUUUCAAUUCUUCUGAAAAAGAAACUUGAAGAACACCUUGAAAAGCUCCAUGAAGCUAACAAUGAACUACAGAAGAAAAGAGCUAUUAUUGAAGAUUUAGAACCAAGAUAUAACAACAGCUCACUCAAAAUUGAAGAAUUACAGGAAGCAUUGCGGAAAAAAGAGGAAGAAAUGAAGCAAAUGGAGGAGCGAUACAAAAAGUACUUGGAAAAGGCUAAGAGUGUUAUCCGAACUUUAGAUCCUAAGCAGAACCAGGGUGCAGCUCCCGAGAUACAGGCUCUGAAGAAUCAACUGCAGGAACGUGACCGAAUGUUCCAUUCGUUAGAGAAAGAAUAUGAGAAAACGAAGAGUCAAAGAGAAAUGGAGGAGAAGUUUAUUGUUAGUGCCUGGUACAAUAUGGGAAUGACUCUGCAUAAAAAAGCAGCAGAAGAUAGACUGGCUAGUACAGGCUCAGGACAGUCCUUCCUGGCUAGACAAAGGCAAGCCACCAGCACAAGGAGAUCGUACCCUGGGCACGUCCAGCCAGCUACAGCAAGUGAUGUGAUUGCAUGACCUGCAGCAUUAUUUAUCAAACAGGGACUGUUCAGUGCAUGACUUGCUUUUCUGUCCAGACUGCAUAACCCAAACUUAACCAGUUCCACCACUUAAGACUCAUGGGCAUCUGAUUGCAAAGAGAGAGAUCCACUUGCAAAGAAGCUUGCCAUCCAGGGGAGUAGUUUUGCUGUCUCCCUCUUCUUCCCUUCCUUCCCCAAAGAAAGUCUCCUUGUGAGACUGGUGGAGGAAAAAAACCCAGUACUCAGAAGUUCAGAGAAGGCAUUUGGCACAUUGAUGUAGCCCUUUCAGCGCUCCAUUUUACUUUCAGUCUAUCCACUUUCACUACUUAUUUCUGAUUAACAGUAUUAACAUAUAAACUUCCUGCAAUGCUUUUUCCUGUGCUGCGCUAUAAAACAUGUAGUCUUAAUGAGGUCAUAAAUGCACUUUUCAAUUACUGUUGCUAGCACCUGGGCCUUUAAAAGGAUUCACUUUGGGUUUUUUAAAACAUUCAAAUAAAGCCAAGAAAAUUUCUCCCAAGAGAAAAUGCUUUUGAAGUGGUGCUUAGCCAACCCAUGUUUCAAGCAAAGUUCCUCUGAUAAAUGCCACACCCCAUCAAGCUAUCAUGCAAUAUUUUAUUUACAAAUGUUGCCUACUUAAUGUAUAUACACAGUAGUUUGUGGCUGUUGUGUUUUCUCUCUACAUUUUAGGUGUGUUGUCAGUUUCUUUCAGAAACACUUUUCUUUGUGUACAGUUGUCAAACAAAUCUAGAAAGGAACAUGAAUGAAGGUAACUAAUAGAGAAGCAGUCGACACUUUCUGACUCUCAGUAUUAUGCAAAAUGUCCUUGCCAGCUUAUUAUUUGCAUUAUUUAUACUUUACCUGUACUGUUUGUUCGUAUCCCAGUCUUAGUUAUUUCAUUUCCAAAUUGCACUAGCAUGCCUGGGUUUUUUUGUUUUUUGUUUUUUUGUACCAUGAAAUAUUGCUCUAAGAUUUGCAGUAUAUAGACAGUAUAACUCAAAAUGCUUUGUUCUGCCAAUAUUAAUUUUAAAUGCUCUUUAUUUAACGUUUAAAAUUUCCGCAUAUUUGUACUACUGUAUUUUCAUUUUGUACGUGGAUGAACAGUACCGGCAAGAUACAAAACAUGAGGCAAUACAUCUGUGAAAUACUGUUGAAUGCUAGGUUAAUUUGCCUACUAUCUAACCUCCCAGAGGUAGGGGCUGGCUUUCAAGCCAUAGAAUUUGCCAAAAGGUCUCAAGAGCGUUUGCAAUACUGAGUACUGUAACACUGUUGGGAGGGAGCAGAAGUCCUAUUCUCGAGUGACCCCAGCUCCAGGUUCAUCAAGGACCUUGGCCCACGUGCUGCCCUUGGUAUUCACGUGCAAGUCCCAGGCAACCCUAGUAGUCUGUGCGUGCUGGGUGUGCGCAGUCAUGGGACAGACACUUGAGCAAGCCUGCAGCUGCUGCGGGAAUAUUGAGGUAAAAAGGGACUUGGAAGAUGUGUCACUCUGCUGCCUUCCCUCUGUGGCACAUGUCCCUGCUUCUGCCCCACUAGCAGUUGUCCAUUGUCCUGUGGCAGAAAAGUCAGGCAUGGAGUGCCAUACCAUGUUCCUUGCUCUCUCUUGCUGGGGGAGAGGUAGUAGCCUGGCUCCUGCUGCCCAUCCCCACUGUUGAAUACCCCACCAGAAGUUCCUGAAUCCUGGGGGCUCUGGCUGAUGCUAGCCCAAGUCAGCCAGCCAGGAAGAACUGUCACCAUUGUCACUGAGAAGAUGGAGCCAUGCCCCUCGCAACCCUCCCAGCCUCAAAGUCCAGCUGAGCCAGACUGGAGCUGGAGGGAGAGGUCAGGACAUGGGGUAUGGACAAUAGCACUUCGCUAUUCUGUUGGGGGAGGAACGGGGGUGUUCUGGCCUCAGGGAUCUGGUCGUGAUAGACAGCAGUGCUGGGCCUGGCAGUUCUGGAAAGAUGCAGUGAAUAAUCCCUUGAGCCUAGUAUUUGACCUUUAAGUCUUAACCAUGGUUCUCUUGGUAAGUGUUUAGGACCGACUGUGUAGACAUGCCUGCUUUCCUCACUGCAGCAGGAUGUGCGAGCAGUAGGUGGAGGGGCCACGUGUAGUCUGUUGGAGUAACAGCUAUAUCGGUGUAUGGGAGCUGUUCCUCAUUCCUGCAGUCUGGCUGUGCACAUCAAAAGUUUCUCAUCAGAGUUGCUUUCCAGGCCCCAGGCAUUUUGAUCUCUUCCUCAAAAGUGUCUAGCUUGACACCACUAUUUGAGUCCCUUAAUUCCAAUAGAGAAGCGUCAGAUGAAACUGGUAACUUCCAGUAAACAUGCUGACUGUUCAUUUUAAUUAAGCUAUCUAAGUAUCUUUAUCAUGGAGUGACUGCAAAUUUCUGUCAGACCUAAGUGAUCUCAAGCAUGUUUCCAGUAUACUAACUUAAUGUGUGCUGCGUAGGAGACUUUUCUUUCUCAGUAGCAGCUUGUUUGACUGUCCUAAAUUAGGUGUUGACCAGUUACCAAAAUAACUGUUUGUGAAAUUGCCAGUGAUAUAUUUUCUGUAAGAGAUGGAUUUCUAGAGUGUCAAAGCAUUCAUUUCCCUUUUUCAGUUCACCUAUGAAUUCUUAUUCUGUAACUACCAGAUUGUCAUGGUAGUGGUAUUAAUAUACAUAUCUGUAUAUAGACAAAAAGAUACAAGGUAAUGGUCAUUAGAAAUGAAAUGUUUAAUAAUGCUUUUUUUCCCAGUCAAAAACAAUAAUGCUUCCAAGGCGACAGAAAAGUGUACAGUUGUUAAACAAGUUGUAAAUAAAGGCUUAUAUAAAAUUUAAA